AUGGAGCAACAGUCCAACAGGGCGCAUCGCCCUGUGAAAGAGAAGAAGAAAUUCGAGGGUGCCAAUCCCAAAGCUUUCGUCUCUUCUAGACCUGGAAAACUCAACAAGCAGGCUGCACGAGCGCACGAUGUCAAAGAAAAGAGACUCCAUGUUCCCCUCGUGGAUCGUAUGCCCGAGGAGGCCCCGCCAGUCGUUGUCGCAAUCGUGGGACCGCCAGGAGUUGGCAAGACAACUCUGCUCAAAUCGUUGAUCCGUCGCUACACCAAACAAACUCUCAGCUCGCCGCAAGGCCCUUUGACUGUUGUUACCACCAAGCGCAAGCGUCUAACCUUCCUCGAAUGCCCGUCCGAUUCACUUGCAGCCGCGAUCGAUGUUUCUAAGAUCGCAGAUAUUGUGCUUCUCAUGAUUGACGGCAAUUUUGGAUUUGAGAUGGAGACUAUGGAGUUUUUGAACGCCUUGUCGACAGCCGGUAUGCCGGGUAACGUCUUCGGUAUUCUUACACAUUUGGAUCAGUUCAAAAAGCAAAGCACCUUGAAGGAUGCCAAGAAGCGCCUGAAGCACCGUUUCUGGAGUGAGCUGUACGCCGGCGCAAAGCUCUUCUACCUAUCUGGCGUUAUCAACGGCCGUUACCCUGAUCGUGAGGUGCACAAUCUGUCACGGUUCUUGUCGGUCAUGAAAAACCCUCGUCCGCUCGUGUGGCGCAACUCGCACCCGUACUCGCUCGCAGAUCGCUUCCUGGACAUUACGCCUCCUACUCAGAUUGAAGAAAACCCGAAAUGCGAUCGCACAGUUGCGCUUUACGGUUAUUUGCGCGGUACUAACUUCCCCGCCCAUGGAGCUAGAGUUCAUGUUCCUGGUGUUGGUGAUUUGACUGUUGCCAACAUUGAGGGCUUACCCGAUCCAUGCCCAACCCCCUACAUGGACCAGCAAAUCGCCAAAGCAACAGGCAAGUCAAACAGGCGCAAGCUUGGCGAGCAUCAGAAGCUACUCUUCGCUCCCAUGUCUGAUGUUGGCGGUGUCCUGGUCGACAAGGAUGCGGUCUACAUCGAUAUCAAAACCAACACCUUCGACCGGGACUCAGAUGAGGAUUCAGAUGACGAGGAGCGCCGGGGCCUUGGUGAACAUCUUGUUGUUGGUCUUCAGGGUGAGCGCAAGUUGCUCGGUGAGGCCGACCAGGGUGUUCGUCUCUUCCGUGGUGGCGAGGCUAUUGCUCAAGCCGACGACGACGAGACAGGACGAAAGGAUCGACGCCGCGCUCGCGUGGCUGUGCCCGAACAGGACGACGAAGACAUUCCCGAAGGAUUCGAUAGCGAAGAGGAAGCCGAGGAAGAGUUUGAUGAAGACGAUGUAACCGAUGAUGAAGGCGAACUCGACAUGUCCGCACCCGCAGACUUUGGUGCACGCUUCAAGGCCAAACAGAACGGAAAUGCUGAGGGAGAGGAAGAAGAUAUGGCUUUCGCGGACAGCGACUCUGACCUGGGCUCCAUGUCUUCCGUCUCAGACCAGGAAAUUGAGAGUGGCGACGAAGACGAGGACGAGGACGAUGACGAAGAUGAGGAGGGCAAUGUCAAAUGGAAGGAGAAUAUGCUCGCGAACGCUAAGUCUCUUCAUGGGAAGCGUCCUCCUUUCCGAGUCACCGACCUGUCAAGAAUGAUGUACGAUGAGUCAAUCACCCCUGGCGAUGUUGUCAAGAGGUGGCGCGGUGAAGAGUCCGACGACGAAGAGGACGAAGAAGAUAGAACCGCCGACGACGAAGGCGAAGAUUUCUUCAAGAAGUCCAACAACGAGAAAGAAGAUCAAGUCGACUUCCGCGCCGUUCCAGAGUACGACUAUGAUGAAUUGGAGCGGAAGUGGCGGGACGAGGAUCUGCUCGAUUUAAUCAAACUUCGCUUUAUCACCGGUAAGCUGUCUGGAGGCGAUUCAGACGGUGAUGAUGAUAUGGAUGAGGAUGAUGACGACGAGGACGAGGGUGACGGUGAUUACGAAGACUUGGAAUCGGGCGAGGUGUUUAACGGUAUCAAGGACGAUGAUGAGGAGGAAGAGGAGGAGGAGGAAGGCGAUGAGGAGCCCGGAAAGGCAGCCGAUCUGGAAGCCGAGCAGGAGGAUCGCGAGGGCUUCGGAAAAGCUCAAGAUGGGACGCGUGAUGGUAUCGAGGGCGAGUUUGGCGAAGACGAUUGGUACGAUUUGCAAAAGGCCAAGCUGCAAAAGCAGGCUGAUAUCAACCGCGCCGAGUUCGAGACGCUCGACCCUGCCUCACGCGCUCGUGCUGAGGGUUACAAAGCCGGCACAUAUGCACGCAUUGUCCUCGAGAACGUGCCAUAUGAGUUUGUUUCCAAGUUCAACCCUCGCUUCCCCGUCAUCGUCGGCGGUCUGUCGCCUACUGAAGACCGCUUCGGCUACGUGCAGAUCCGCAUUAAGAGACAUCGCUGGCACAAAAAGAUUCUUAAGAGCAACGACCCGUUGAUCUUCUCGCUUGGUUGGCGUCGUUUCCAGACCAUGCCUAUCUACAGUACCUCCGACAGUCGGACACGAAACCGCAUGCUCAAAUACACACCUGAGCACAUGCACUGCUUUGCUACCUUCUACGGCCCUCUUGUGGCUCCCAACACCGGUUUCUGCUGUGUAAACUCAUUCUCGAACAAGAACCCCGGUUUCCGCAUCGCCGCCACCGGUGUUGUUCAGAGCGUGGACGAGCACACAGAAAUCGUCAAGAAGCUCAAGCUCACUGGUCACCCUUACAAGAUCUUCAAAAAUACCGCCUUUAUCAAGGAUAUGUUCAACUCCGCAUUGGAAAUCGCCAAGUUCGAAGGUGCAUCUAUCAAGACCGUUUCCGGUAUUCGUGGUCAGAUCAAGCGUGCGCUGGCGAAACCCGAGGGCUGUUUCCGUGCUACAUUCGAAGACAAGAUCUUGAUGAGUGAUAUUGUCUUCUUGCGCGCCUGGUACCCCAUCAAGCCACACCGCUACUACAACCCUGUGACCAAUUUGCUGGACCAGGUUGAGGGCGAAAAGGGUGAUGCCGGAUGGCAAGGCAUGCGCUUGACCGGUGAAGUCCGUCAUGCCCAGGACAGCUUGCUGCCGAUCUCCCCCUUCAAGUCACAGAUCACCAAGAUGAAGCCUCACAAGGAGCAGACCUAUAUGCAGAAGCGUGCCGUUGUGCUUGGAGGCGAGGAGAAGAAAGCCCGUGACCUCAUGCAGAAGCUUACUACCAUGCGUAACGAGAAGCAGGCUAAGCGAUCUGCCAAGCAAGAGGAGCGCCGCAAGGUCUACCGCGCCAAGGUGGCUGAUAGUUUGGAGAAGAAGGCCGAGCGUGAGAAGAGAGAGCGCAAUGACUACUGGCGCAAGGAGGGCAAGAAGCGCAAGAACCCCGAUGAAGACUCUGGUGGCCGCGGACGCGGCAAGAAGCGCAAGUGA